ACUGACAAGCCAGGUCAAGCAUUAGUUUUCUCCAGCUGACACAACAAGAUGGUUAAGGAGAAGUCGGAGCACACUGAAAUGGAAUUAGAGCUUCAGAAUUUUGAGGAUGAUGGCAGACCAAAGUGGGACAAUAAAUUUCAGUACAUUUUAACAUGUGUUGGAUUUGCAGUGGGCUUAGGAAAUGUGUGGAGAUUUCCGUAUCUCUGUCAAACUUAUGGAGGAGGUGCAUUUUUGAUACCUUAUUUGAUCGCACUUGUUUUGGAAGGAAUACCAUUGUUUCAUCUUGAAUUAGCCAUUGGGCAACGCUUACGAAAAGGCAGCAUUGGAGUUUGGAGUAGUAUCUCACCCUACCUCAUGGGAGUUGGAAUUGGUUCUCUCAUCGUAUCCUUCCUGGUGGGUCUAUACUAUAAUACUAUUAUUGCUUGGGUCCUGUGGUAUUUAUUUCACUCCUUUGAAGACCCUCUUCCAUGGUAUUCCUGUCCUCUAAAUGCCAACAAAACAGGCUAUAUUAAAGAAUGCCAAGACAGCACUUCAGUUGAUUAUUACUGGUACAGAAAGACACUAAAUAUUUCUCCGGAUAUUUCAAAUGAUGGUGGGCUACAGUGGGGUAUGGUUUUAUGUUUGUUUUGUGCCUGGAUGUUGCUGUACCUCUGCACAAUCCGUGGGAUAGAAUCAACAGGAAAGGCAAUAUACUUCACUGCAACAUUCCCUUAUUUGGUUCUUACUAUAUUCCUUAUUCGUGGACUUACUCUACCAGGAGCAACAGAUGGUUUAAUUUAUUUGUUUACCCCAGAUAUAAGUGUUUUAGCAAAUCCAAGGGUAUGGCUGGAUGCAGCCACUCAGAUUUUCUUCUCUCUGUCUUUGGCAUUUGGAGGACUCAUUGCCUUUUCAAGCUACAACCCUCCCAAGAAUGACUGUGAAACAGAUGCAGUUGUUAUAGCAGUUGUGAACAGUGCUACAUCACUCUAUGCUUCAAUAUCAAUUUUCUCAAUUCUUGGUUUCAAAGCAACUAUUAGUUAUUGGGACUGCCUGGACAGGAAUAUCAUCUCCAUCACAAAUGAGUUUGAUAUUGGGGAUAAGAACAUUACCAAGGACGAUUACGAAAGCUGGUAUACUGACCUGAAUGCCACAGCUCCAGAAAGAAUUGCAUCUCUGAAUCUGAAGAAUUGUAAUCUUCAGGAGUUCCUAGAUGAGAGUGCUUCUGGUACUGGACUUGCUUUCAUUGUCUUUACUGAGGCCAUCAUUCGGAUGCCAGCUUCCCAAGUGUGGGCUGUAUUAUUUUUCAUCAUGCUCUUGACUUUGGGUAUGUCUUCCAUGUUUGGGAACAUUGAAGGGGUCCUGACACCUCUGCUUGACCUGAACUUGCUACCAAAGUCAGUCCCAAAGGAAAUAUUAACAGGUAUAAUUUGCCUUAUAUCCUUUAUAAUAGCCUUGAUUUUUACCAUGAGUUCUGGAAAUUACUGGCUUGACGUUUUUAACAACUAUGCAGGCUCCUUGCCACUGUUGAUACUGGCCUUCUUUGAAAUCAUUGCAGUCGUUUACGUCUAUGGAAUGAAAAGAUUUAGUGAUGAUUUGGAAUGGAUGACUGGUCGCCGACCAAACAUUUAUUGGCAAGCCACCUGGAGAGUAAUUAGCCCUCUUCUGAUGCUGGGUGUAUUUGUGGCUUACGUGGCUGUGGAAGUACAGAAGCCUCUCACCUAUGAAGCGUGGGAUCCUAAUUAUAGUGGUUUUCCAACAAAAGAAGAGAAGGCUUAUCCAGGCUGGGCAGUGGCUAUCUGUGUCAUAUUAGCAGCUCUCCCGUGUAUUUGUGUACCAGUUUUUGCCCUUUACCAGCUUAUCAAAAAGUUCACCAAACCUAAGCAAGCCCCAGUCAUCUAUGAUAAUUCAGCUUUUGACAACUCUGAACAAUGAUGAAUUAUUAUGGGCAAUGAGUAUACUUUCAUCAGUUCUGCAUAUUGUUGAUAUGUGACUGCAUUUUGCUGCAGCUGUACCAUAUCACAAAUUCUCAGAUAAAAGAGUAUUUUUGGGAGGAGCUCAUGCCUUCCCGAUGAGGGUAGCAUUACCAGCUCACACUUCUUGGGUUUGUAUAUUACAACUGUGAUAUUCACAAUUUCAAGGAAAGGGGAAUACUUAAUAUUCCCUUUUCUCCAAAGUUAUAUAACCUCAGAAUUGCAAUAUACAAGGAGUGUAGAGGGCUAAACCCCCACAUGGGAGGUACACAGGGUUUGGUCCAUGCAAAAAUAUUAUGAGCAGUUUCUAACAGAUUUGCAUUUAACUGGUUUGGCAAAAUGGAAUUUGGUAUGUUAAUUUAUCCAAAUGUUUAAUGUAGUAUUUAUUGAUCAUUGUGUUCCUUUCAUACACUUAACAUACUCAAACACACACACACACACACACACACACACACACACACACACACACACACACACACACACACACACGCAUACAUGCACGUUUUCCUUUUUACUCCUGUAUAUAAUAUGUUUCACCUUAUAAUUCUCAUUUUCAAUGCCUAAAAUAUAUUUUCAUCUCUGAAAAAUGUGAAGCAGUAGACAACAUUGUGCAUAUACUGGUAUCAAAUGUAAUCUAU